CCGCCCCCAGGCCCCCAGCCCCGCCCCGAAGUUUGAGGGGUGUGGAUGGUUUGUGGCCCCCUCACGGGUCUCUACCCCUUACGGGCCGGGAGAAUUGAGCUUGGCGGCCAGGGACCAGGCAGCCUUUCUCUCGGGUGGGUCCACGGACUCCUCUCCAGCCCCGCGGGAAUAGGGCCGCCCCACGCGGAGCCUUCGCCUCAGAAAAGGCAGGGUCGGGACCCCUCCUCACCGCGCGGUCCGGGUCGCCCACAGACUGAGAAGACAGCAAAGGCCUCUGAGGCAGGAGACCUGGGGUCCUGCCUGGCCCCUGCCCACGAAAGUGCCGUGUGUCUGUGCCAGUCGUUUUCGCUUCUAUUCGCUGCAAUUUCCUUUUCUGUAAAUCAGGGUCGGUGACAUUAACCUUCUUACCAUUAGGGGCUAGUUGUGGAAGCGAUAAGUAAUUGCUACCAUUUAUUUAUUGAAUCACUGCAAUGUGCCAGACACUGUGCUAAGUAUUUUGCUUCGAUGAUUUCCCGUCACCGUCAAAACAACCUUAUGAGAUCCUUUCCACUUAGGUGGUGGUUUUGCCGUUGUGAACCUGUGGUGACCCAGGAGGGUAGUGUUUCUCGUGCCUGUCCUCCUUUGCUCCCUAGGACUUUCAGAAGAGUUUCAGAGGUGGGCAGACAACAGUGCCUGCUGCAUAAUGUCUGCUGCUGGCCCCUACAGAUGUGUCCUUUUGGGAUGGUCUAUGCUUCUGACGGAAAAUUAAAUUUUUGGUUCUUGACAUCAGAACCUGAAUACGUGACCGUGAAUGAGUGUCGACCCAGUCAGCAGCCAGGCCAUGGAGCUCUCUGAUGUCACCCUCAUUGAGGGUGUGGGUAAUGAGGUGACUGUGGUGGCAGGUGUGGUGGUGCUGAUUCUAGCCUUGGUCCUAGCUUGGCUUUCUACCUACGUAGCAGACAGCGGUAGCAACCAGCUCCUGGGCACCAUUGUGUCAGCUGGAGACUCAUCCGUCCUCCACCUGGGGCAUGUGGACCAUCUAGUAGCAGGCCAAGUCACCCCAGAGCCAGCUGAACUCCCCCAUCCAUCAGAGAGUAAUGAUGAGAAGGCUGAAGAGGCUGGCGAAGGUGGGGGAGACUCCACAGGGGAGCCUGGAGCUGGGGGUGGUAUUGAGCCGAGCCUUGAGCAUCUGCUUGACAUCCAAGGCCUGCCCAAAAGACAAGCGGGCCCAGAAAGCAGCAGUCCAGAGGCCCCCCUGAGAUCUGAGGAUAGCAGCUGCCUCCCUCCCAGCCCUGGCCUCAUCAGUGUGCGGCUCAAAUUCCUCAAUGACACCGAGGAGCUGGCCGUGGCCAGGCCGGAGGAUACUGUGGGUGCCCUGAAGAGUAAAUACUUUCCUGGACAAGAGAGCCAGAUGAAACUGAUCUACCAGGGCCGUCUGCUGCAGGACCCAGCCCGCACACUGCGUUCCCUGAACAUUACCGACAACUGUGUGAUUCACUGCCACCGCUCACCCCCAGGGUCAGCUGUUCCAGGCCCUUCAGCCUCCUUGGCCCCCUCCUCAGCCACCGAACCCCCCAGCCUUGGCGUCAGUGUGGGCAGCCUCAUGGUGCCUGUGUUCGUGGUGCUGUUGGGCGUGGUCUGGUACUUCCGUAUCAAUUACCGCCAGUUCUUCACAGCACCUGCCACUGUCUCCCUGGUGGGGGUCACGGUCUUCUUUAGUUUCCUAGUAUUUGGGAUGUAUGGACGAUAAGGACAUAGGGGGAAAUGAAAGGCAUGGUCUUCCUCCUUAAUGGCCUCCCCCUUUCCUGGCCAGAGCUGGGCCCAAGGGCUUGGGAGGGGAAGGGUGGAAAGGAUGUGGUGGGUCCUCCUCCCUAGGACAUAGGAAGCAGGUACAGGGCCUCCCCUCCACGUCUACGAGGGUACAGACAUCCCACCUCUGUGCAAGCACAACUCAGGUAGAAACAAGGAUGUCAUCAUCUUUCACUUUUUAGGGUCCUAAAGUUCAGAGCUGAGCUGGUGGCCCAGCUCAGCGGGGAGCCAGGGCUCCAAGGAUUCCCUCCCAGCUGUGGCCCUAGCUCUUUUCAUUGUCCUGCAUGUCUGCUCCUCAGUACCCAGGGCUGCCUGCCAGGGCAGCUCAGCAUGGCCCCAGCAUACUUCUGUAGGGAGCCUGGAGUAGUUUUCUGUUUCUUAAGGGAAUAUCCAUCUUUUGAGACUAAAGUCACACAGCAGGAAUGAAGGUUGUGUCAGCUUUCUGUGUAGGCACCUAGCCGCCUCUACCUUCUCCCUCCACCCCUGUAGCAGGAAUAGGGUGUUCUCUGUGUUCUGGAUAGUUUCCAGUGUUCUCCCCUUUUUUCAAAGCACUUUGCUUGUAUUUUUUUUUUUUUUAAAUAGUCCUUUAUAGAGCUCAGUCAGGAAGGGGAUUGGGGCACAAAGCCAAGCCCCCAGCAUUGGGAGAGGCCAAGCCACAGCUGCUGCUACCCUAGGCCUAAGGCUGUAAGCAAGAGACAGCUCUGGCCCUCAGCCAGUGUCCUACCCUGCCCAACUCCAAGGACGAGCUCUGGGUAUGGAGCCCUGGGCCCCAGGCCCUUGCCUCUGGGGUUCUUGGAUGGAGGGUCAGUGUUUGUGACUAAAUAAAGUUCCAUUUUGUGGCUGUAAAGCCUCUUUUC